CACUCCUACAAACCUUCCCACCAAAACAUUUUCUUCAAAUCAUUGUAAAACUUCCAUGGCUACUACUCAAGAACUUCCCAAAAUUCCAAUCUUUGAUCUCUCAACUAAAAACUUGAGUCCUAGUUCCAGCUCAUGGCUUCCGACUUGCAAGAGCUUGCGAGAGGCUCUUGAAGAGUUCGGAUUUUUCUUGGCAAAAUACGAAAAUGUUUCAUCUCAACUAGACAAGCAAGUAUUCCAUGUUUUGGAACAAGUGUUUAAUCUGCCAUUUGAAACCAAAUCUAGAAACACUUCUGACUUAAGUUUCUAUGGUUAUGUGGGAAAACUGCCCCAUGCUCCCGUCCACGAAAGCAUGGGAAUUCCAGAAGCAACUACUCUAGAUGCUGUUCAAAGCUUCACAAAUCUAAUGUGGCCAUCAGGAAACAAAGAAUUCUGUGAAAACAUCCUAUGCUAUGCAAGGCUAGUUUCAGAGAUGGAGCAACUAGUAGACAGAAUGGUGUUUGAAAGUUAUGGUGCAGAAAAACACCAUGAUUCCCAUGUUGGAUCGACAACUUAUCUGCUAAGAACCAUAAAAUACUCGGUUCCCAAACUUGAUGCAGACAACAGUAGUAAUAUGGGAACAAAUAUCCACACAGACAAGAGCUUCUUGUCGAUACUUUACCAGAAUCAGGUCAAUGGACUGCAGAUACAAUUGAGGAACGGGGAAUGGUUGGAUGUUGAUGUCCCACCUGGAUUAUUUGUCGUAAUGGCUGGUGACGCUUAUGAAGUAUGGAGCAACGGAAGGAUAUAUGCAGCCAAGCAUCAAGUCAUAAUGAAAGCUGACAAGCCUAGAUACUGCCUGGCUAUGUUUUCAUUUAACCAUGGGUUGCGAUAA